AUGGAUGAUUAUGAUUAUGACAAUGAUGAUGAAGUGGACGAUGAUGGAUAUGCAGGCGAUCACGAUGAUGACGUCCAUCUGAUAAAAGGAAGACUUAGACUACAAUCAGCAACCACACAUCAUGGAGAUGGCGAUCACGAUAAUGAUGAUGAUGAUGAGUAUGAUGAAGAGGACCAGUUCUACGACAGGUCGAGCGUGGACACAAUGCCAACACGUGGAAUAACAAGCAGGAUAAAGAGUGUCGAUAGAGGAAUGCACAAGAUAUUCUCAUAUCACGAUAUCCCCUCUGCAGGCGGGGUCUCUGCCAUGGACGAUGCGAUGAGUGACCAUCACUUGGUGCUUCGAAGGAGCUUUGGUCGUGAUGAUGGCGAGCCUGGUGGUGGACUGCUGGUCGUAUCCACACGCUCACGAUCCGGUAGUCAGGAGGAGGUGUUUGAGGACGUUGUCUUGGAACAGGAUGCUCAAGAGGUGGACGGCGCCAACAAACCCGUGUCGCCAUCACCAUUCAAACAGUUGAUCACACAAAAGUUGCGUUCACUAUCCACUCACAUCGACAUCAAUGAGAAGUACAUGACAUUCCCGGUGGGCGCCGGUGGCGGUGUCGGUGGCGGUCGUCUCGUGCACAGCCAAUCACAACAACAACAAUUGAACAAAUCAAACUCAUCGCUGCCCAAUGGUGGCGGUAACAGUGGCAAUGGUCACAAGAUCUCAUCACCAUCAACAACAGCGCACUCAUACUCAAUCAAUCAUACUACAUCCUUUGUAUCAAUGCCCAACCUUAUGCAACCACAACAACAACAACUACCAAAGUCACAGUCACAAUCACAAUCAUUACUGCAACAUAGCACAGACACGACACCAUCGCUCACGCCUCGACUGGGCGCGGUAGUGGUGCACUCCACUUCUGCGACGCCUACCCAUACUCCAUUCUCAACGCCAAGCAAACAUGCCAAUGGCGGCAGCAUCAAUCAUCACGAUCACAACAACAUACACACACCUGGCGCCAUACUGUUGAGCACGCCCGGAGUCCUGCCCAUCGCCCAUCACCACUCCCUGCUGCUCGAGCCCCAGCAGCACCUAGCCUCGUCGAUCACGCGCCCGAUCCUCUCGUCCGAGACCAACAAGAUCAGCAACAAGCUCAUCGUCCUCCUGGCUCUCUCCAUCUUCUUCAGCGUGUCCAACCUAUACUACAUCCAGCCGCUGCUCAACAUCGUCGCCGAGGAGUUCCACGUCGGCUACUCAGUGGUGGCGCUCACCACCAUGGCUGUGCAGGCCGGCUACGCGGUCGGCCUGCUCUUCAUCUCGACGCUGGGAGACAUCAUAUCAAAGAAGCGACUCAUUCUCAUUCUAUCGGCAAGCAGCUGUCUCAGUCUGGUGGGCGUGGCGCUCUCCUUCCACAUCGUCCAACUGAUCAUCUUCCAGUUUGUUGUUGGCUGCUCCACGAUAAUACCACACAUUGCGAUACCACUGGCCAUUGACCUGUCCAACUCGACAGAGCGCACUGGUAUCCUCAGCAUCCUAAUGUCGUCACUCUUUGUCGGACUACUUGGCGCACGAGUACUCAGUGGCAUCAUCACAGAAUUCCUCGAUUGGCGAGGUGUAUACUAUUUUGCCUCCAUUGUAAUGUUCAUAAUAUCUAUCCUACUCUUCCUGCUUCUACCAUAUACACCAAGGAGCCAGAACCCAAUACCUUACAAACGAUUGCUUUCAUCAAUAUUUAGAUUGUUCAAGACUGAGCCAACACUGAUACAGACGAGCUUUAUUGGCAGCGCUGUGUUUGCCACAUUUUCCAUAUUGUGGACAACGUUGUCGUUCAGAUUGAACGAACAGCCAUUUCACUAUAGCAGUGGAUUCAUUGGAUUGUUUGGCCUGAUUGGCAUGGCGGGUGCCGUCACAGCGCCAUUCGCCAAUCGUCUCACCGACUGCUUCCCCAACAUCAUGAUCGUCCUCUCACUCGUGGUCUCUGUCGUUGGCUACACCAUACUACUUCUAUUCGACAAUCAUCUGUUGGCCAUCAUUGCCGGUAUAUUCAUUCUAGACUUGGGCGUUCAAUCAUGUCACAUCACGAAUCAAUCAAGGAAUCAUCAGUUGGCCACCAACAACAAUCGUGGCGCUGGCGAACAUUCACUUGGCAGCAGCAACAGUAGUAAUGGGUCCUACACAUUCACGCCAAGGACACAUAUCAACGCGGCUUACAUGGCGUCAUACUUUGUCGGUGGCGCAGUUGGCAGUGGAUUGUGUGGCGUCGUCUAUGAGUACGCCGGAUGGAAAGGUUCCUCCAUACUAGCCAUGGUAUUCCUGGGAUUGGCCAUGGCAGGACAUCUCUCACUCUACAAACUGCACCACAACAACAUUGCUGUUGAUGUCGAUAACAACGAAUCAAUCAAUGUAAUGCAAGAGAUAAUAUAA